AUGCAUUUCACUCAGACAAUCCUCUCCGCAGCGAUGCUCAUCCUACCCGCCUACGCAGGAUUCCCUGUGGUCAACCUGGAGUUCCAAUCCUAUGAAUCUUGCCCCGUCGGUUACCCUGGCCAACCUGCGAUGGGUGUGCCCAAGUCUGUCGUGUCGAUGACUUCUACCCCAUUGUCAUGCGACAAGACCACCGUGAACCGUGACUGGGAUGUCAACAACUACGCCUUCAAGGCCACUAUGGACACCAAGGAUGCCUACACGUGCGCCGGUGUGAGCAUCUGGAACAACGAUGACUGCACAGGCGAGCCUGUCUUCUUCUUGCCCUUCGACGGUCAGACCGAGGUCCAGGGUCAAUGUCUGCCCGACAUGCUCGAGCUUGGUUUCAUCUCCUUCCAAACGGAGUGUUAUACCGAUGCUGUCUAG